ACGUGUUUGAGAGGAUGAGGAAGGUACAGAUGUCCCCCUUGAUCCAAGAAUACAGGGUGAGAGAUUCUAGGUGGGAAACCAAAGUGAAUGAAACACCAAAUGGUCUGGUAAGGACACAAGAGACAGAGGCUUUCCUGAUGGAAGUACACUCACUCUCUCCUUUUCUGACAACACAGAAUCUUGAGACGAUCAAGUUUCAAACUCAGGCUUUGGAGAUUUGAACAGUAAUAUGUUCUCAGAAGCUGGCGGACACACAACGAUGGUUAGUCCCAAUGAGACAAUGGUGACUGAGUUUGUGCUGGAAGGGUUCUCAGAGCACCCUAGUCUGAGACUGUUCCUGACUGGCUGCUUCCUGACCCUCUACACAAUGGCUCUCAUAGGAAACACUCUGAUCAUUGUUUUGGUCACCUCCAGCACUGGGCUCCACAGUCCCAUGUACUUUUUCCUGUGCAACCUGGCCACCAUGGAUAUUAUCUGCAUGUCCUCUGUGAUGCCCAAGGCAUUGCUUGGUCUUGUGUCUGAGAAAAACACCAUCUCCUUUAAUGGUUGUAUGACUCAGCUCUUCUUCCUUGUCUGGUCUGGAUCCUCUGAGCUGCUGCUGCUCACGGUCAUGGCCUAUGACCGCUAUGUGGCCAUCUGCCAUCCCCUGCACUACAGCUCUAGGAUGAGCCCACAGCUGUGUGGGGCCCUGGCCAUGGGUGUGUGGUCCAUCUGUGCUCUGAAUUCAUCCAUCAACACUGGUCUGAUGACACGGCUGUCAUUCUGUGGCCCCAACGUCAUCACCCACUUCUUUUGUGAGAUCCCUCCACUCCUCCUUCUCUCCUGUACCCCCACAUAUGUGAAUAGCAUCAUGACUCUCAUGGCAGAUGCCUUUUAUGGAGGCAUCAACUUCUUCCUCACCUUGCUCUCCUAUGGCUGCAUCAUCGCCAGCAUCCUGCGCAUGCGUUCUGCUGAGGGCAAGAGGAAGGCCUUCUCUACCUGCUCCUCCCACCUCAUCGUGGUCUGUGUGUACUACUCCUCUGUGUUCUGUGCCUACAUCAGUCCUGCCUCCAGCUACAGCCCAGAGAGAAGCAAAGUGACCUCAGUGCUGUACUCGGUCCUCAGCCCAACCCUGAACCCCCUCAUCUACACACUGACGAACAAGGAUGUCAAGCUGGCCCUGGGGAGGCUCCUGCCCUCUUUCUCACAUUAAGUGGAGAUGUGCAGGU